AUGGAUUUCUCAAGCCAGGACACAAACACUGUUUCCUCCGCCCCUCGCAAGCCUGAUUCUGGUAGUGUCACAAAGAGGCUGCAAACCGAAUUGAUGACCCUCAUGACCUCUCCUGCUCCGGGCAUUUCCGCCUUCCCCUCUGCCGACGGAAACCUUCUCUCCUGGACCGCGACGAUCGAGGGCCCCGACGGCACUCCCUACGCCGGCCUCACCCUUAAACUCACCAUGGCCUUCCCCUCAAACUACCCCUAUGCUCCCCCCACCGUCUUGUUCAAGACUCCCAUCUACCACCCCAACUUCGACUUCUCUGGCCGUAUUUGUUUGGAUAUUCUCAAGGACAAGUGGACCGCCGCCUACAACAUUCAGACCGUUCUCCUCAGUCUGCAAAGUCUGCUCGGAGAACCCAACAAUGCUUCCCCACUCAAUGGAGAAGCUGCUGAGCUUUGGGACAAGGAUCCCGCCGAGUUCAAGCGAAAGGUCCUCGCUCGGCACCGCGAUAUUGAGGACGAGUAA